CUCCCACCGUUUCCAACUGGCGUUCGCUGGUCUGUGCAGUGUCAAGGCGUCCCGUAUGCAGAAGACCUGCACCGAAGAAUGUGGAUAAACUUGUUGUAAGGCAGCACAAACAUUAGUCCCACAUCAAAAGAUGGACGUGCAGGACCAGGAGUCUCUGGAGAGAUGGGACGGGCUGGGCAGCCGGGAUGCCAUCUCCAGAAGCGAAGCCAUGGAGAACAUCCGCCAGAUGGUGAUGAGGAAAGUGGAGGCCAUCAGACCCAUACCGACACCGGCCCUGUCGCCCCCAGCCUCGGGAAGCCUUCCCAACAGCGACCUGAACGACAUCCUGGCUCACCUUCUCAUGCUCUCCAAACGGUGUCCCUUUGAAGACGUCAGGGAGCGAUGCAUUCGGCUCCUGCAGGCUGUCCAGGACUUGGGAGUAAGGAUCCCAAGACCCUUAGUCAACGGACCAAGCAGAUUUAUCCCUGAAAAAGAGAUUCUCAAAGUCAGUAAAGUGGACCCCCGGACACAGUCGAUAUUUGAGGAUGCGUUUGCAGCCCUCGGUCGCCUCGACAACAUUUCUUUGGUGAUGAGCUUCCACCCACAGUACCUGGAGAGCUUCCUCCGGACGCAGCACUACCUGCUGCAAAUGGAUGGACCCCUGUCUUUGCACUACCGACACUACAUCGGCAUCAUGGCUGCAGCUAGACACCAGUGUUCCUACUUAGUCAACCUGCACGUGAACUACUUCCUCCAGGUCGGGGGCAAUCCCAAGUGGUUGAACGGCCUGGACGAAGCCCCACAGAAGCUGCAGCAGCUCGGAGAGCUCAACAAAAUCCUGGCCCACCGACCUUGGCUUCUCACCAAGGAACACAUCGAGCGUCUUCUGAAGGCAGAGGAACACAGCUGGUCCCUCGCAGAGCUCAUCCACGCCGUGGUCCUCCUCACACACUACCACUCCCUCGCCUCGUUCACCUUCGGCUGCGGCAUCACACCUGAGAUCCACUGUGACGGCGGACACACUUUCAGACCCCCCUCUCUCAGCCAGUACUGCGUCUGUGACAUUGCCAAUGGCAACGGUCAUGCUUAUCACCAUGAUGAUCCACUCGGCAACCAGGAGAUGUGUGGCGAGGUGGAGGUGCUGAUGGAGCGCAUGAAGCAGCUGCAGGAGUGCCGCGAUGACGAGGAGGCUAGCCAGGAGGAGAUGGCGACUCGCUUUGAGAGGGAGAAGACGGAGAGCAUGCUGGUGGUCACCACAGAGGACGAGGAGUGCGUCCCCUCCAGAGACAUCUCCCGACACUUUGAGGACCCGAGCUACGGCUACAAGGACUUCUCCAGGAGGGGGGAGCAUGUGCCCACAUUCAGAGUGCAGGACUACAGCUGGGAGGAUCACGGUUUCUCUCUGGUCAACAGACUGUACCCUGAUGUUGGUCAGAUGCUGGACGAGAAGUUCCAGAUGGCCUACAAUCUGACUUACAACACCAUGGCAACACACAAGGAUGUGGACACCAGUAUGCUGCGCAGGGCCAUCUGGAACUACAUCCACUGCAUGUUCGGCAUCAGGUAUGAUGACUACGAUUACGGGGAGAUAAACGAGCUUCUGGACCGUAGCUUUAAGAUCUAUAUUAAGACCAUGGUGUGUAGCCCGGAGAAGACCACCAAACGAAUGUAUGAGAGUUUCUGGAGACAGUUUCAGCACUCCGAGAAGGUCCACGUUAAUCUGCUUCUUAUGGAAGCGCGAAUGCAGGCAGAACUGUUAUACGCUCUGAGAGCGAUCACCCGCUACAUGACAUGAAGUGCUUUUGGCGUUUUUAUCGUUGUCUUUUUACUGUCAUUGUUGUUGCUCAUUAUGGGACACUUCAAGAAAAAAAAGAAAAGAAAAUCAAAGUGGGCGGGAGGGAGGGUUUGGGAUUCAACAAAAAUGUGGAAGAGAUGUGAGAAGCCCUGGGUUGUGACAGUGCUUGUUGGAUGGAUGUGAAGAGGAUCAGAACAAAUGAAAGCAAGAAAAAAAAGAAAAAAAGAAAAAAGAAAGGAAAGAACUGUUGAAGAAAGUCAUCUCAAACUACAAGUGGAUACACAAACUCUGUUCGUGUUGCCUGCAGUGCCAAAACUGUCCGAGAGAGGGCAGCCUGGAGCAAACUCCUGCUCUGCUGGGGGAGUUUGUGCCUUGAGCACUGACACCGGAGGCAUCCAGGACGACGUUUCAGUAUUCCAGCAUGCAACAGUGUCUGUUGCCAAUCUCCUCUGUCUCCUGGUAGAGUGAAGACCCACCGAAAAAUCCCCAGAAAAGCUGUGCAGCCAGAAACAGUCUGCACUUUGGAUUCUGUAGUCACUGUUAUAUUUGUUUAUUAAUAUCUUUUUAUUUCUUUUUGUAUUAAGGGAAGUGGAUGUUGUUGUCGAUGUGGUUGCUGUUAGUAGUAACUGGAGAUGGAAGCAUUAACUUUGGGCGGUUUUUUUUUUUUUUUUUUUUUUUUUUUACGUGUGCCUGAACUAUCCAGCACAGUGUGCAUACGUGCUGAUACUGCUGCUCCCAUGUUGUAUUCAGUGGGGUCAUAUUGAUCCCCAAUUCACCCUAACCCCACCCCCCAACCCAAUUAUACCCCCUAAGCCCCUAUCCAUUAGAAAUCCACUGCAUUACCCCCCUCCCCCCCUUGUCCUUUACCCCUACCCCAAAUCUCAGAUGUCAAUGUAAGCUAAUCCAAGGAGUGUGUGAAAACCGUGGAAAGAAACUCAAAGAACACUGUCUGAGCCCGUUUUGAGUUUGACUGUACACGUGUGGAUGAGUUCUGUAUUCAUGAUGACUGAGGUGUGGAUGUUUGUGUGUGUUUAACAGAAAUGACGGAGGAAAAAAAAAAUUUCGUCUUUAAGUUUCAUGUGUCAAAAAAAAAAAAAAAGCGAGGCACUUUGAAGGAGAGACUUCUUGCUUCUGCUGUAGCUCUGUUAUUGUGAGAUAACUGUUUAUCAUUUGUUGUUGAUGAUGGUGAUGAUGUCUUUAUUUUUCUGGUAAUGUGGGGGUGGGGGGGAGAAAAAGAAAAAGCUAAUCAAAAAGAAAGUUAGUAAACCAGGUUUUCCAGGAGGGAUUUGCUUCCGGUUGCCCUAACCACACCUUAUCUGUCUUCCGCUUAUCCCAGCUGCCUGGUCACCCUAACAACUUUCAAAGCUUUGGAUUGUGAAUUUUACCAGUAAAUGAAUACCUCUUCUGUUUUUCUCUAGAAAACAUAUAAGAAGUGCUCUUUGGUGAGCAGAGACUCUUUUCCGGGCGGCCGCGUUCCCAUUGCUCGGGGACCCGGCUGGCCCACACAGGGCCGACUGCGGUCGAUACACAUCGAACGCAAACGGUUGUAGCUGUGCUUAUUUCCCUGCUGGGGAAGUCUAACCAGUGCAAAAGCAGCUUUUUUUUUUUUUUGAACAGAGGUGUGAAACCUCUGCCGUUUUUGUUUUUUGUUUACUAAAACCAGUUAAGAACUGCAUUCUUCUGAGGUUGGAUUGCGAGAAUCAGACAGAUGAAUGAGUGAUAGCCAGAUGAGGAUGAUGAUGAUGAUGAUGAUAAAGGAAUGGUACAUUUGAAAGUGGUUUGAGAGGAAGUGGAGGUUUUUUUUUUUCAAACUUCUGACUGAUGUCAGUUACUGACACUUUUUUUUUUACAUGAAAAUAUAUGAAAAAGAUGAAAAAAAAUAAACUAUGAUAUUAAA